AUUUAGAUGAAGCGCUUUUCUUCGUUCUGGUUUCUACACCUUGGGGUCCUUCCCACUCUCGAUCCGCUCUCCCCUGAACGGUCUCCUCCAUCCUCCUCUUCUUCUCUCUCUUUCUCUUUCGUGUCCCUCAUGCUUCCCGCCCGUUCUCUCAUCUAGCCCAGCCAGCCCACCAUGUCUGAUCCGGAGCCCUCUGUAGCGGCACGUUCGUCGUCCCCGGCCACUGCCCAGGCGCCCGAGUCGGCGGCUGCUGCGGCUCUUAACUAUGCCUUCCUGGUCCACUCGCAGAAGACUCUGACCCAGAACCUGCCUCCGAGGGUCGAUAAUAAAUUGUUGGCGAGGCAGAAGCGUCGCCGGACGAGUCCGGAAGACCAUGCUAUUCUCGAGUCGGAAUAUCAACAAAACCCCAAACCAGACAAGGCUGCCCGCACAAAUAUAGUCUCGCGGGUUUCGUUGGGCGAGAAGGAAGUGCAGAUUUGGUUCCAGAACCGCCGUCAGAACGACCGUCGAAAGUCCAAGCCUCUCCAGCCCCAUGAACUCUUAGCUCCGCGUUCCAGCGGGACCGACGCGUCGAAAAACAACUCAAGUGAUGACCUUUCACCCGCGGAACCCGGCUCUUCAAGUGGAACAGAACAGUGCGAGGAAUCGGGCAAUGAAAAGUAUUCAGCGGAACAAUUGGUCGACACCGUCCCGGUGGAGGCGGACGUAUUACCUGAAGGAAGAGAUGAGACUGAACAGCUUGGUCCCGACUCCCAAACGAGCGUGGAGUCAUUCGAAGUUCCUGAAAAUAGCCAGCCCAUCUCGGACGUUACUGAACCGGAUCCGCAGCCAACGCAAAUACACGAUCCCCUCGGACCAGAGGAGGCUCUUCCGAGUUCUGCUAAAAGAAAACGGUCAGUCUCCGAACUCCGCGAAGACCAGCCAGCAGUACAGCAACCAGUCACUCCGGGUGCAGUGCCGGAUGCUAGGUCGCCACCUUCCCUGAGGAUCUCCUUAUCGUUUGACGGCGAGGCGAUGGUAAGAAAGGACACCGAAUUGACGCCGUCUCCACCCAAGGGUCGGAGCGCGCUUCGAAUUGCCAUGUCUUCAGAUGGAAAGGCCGUGAUCCGCGCCGAAGGCGAACCGUCACCAUCCAAGAACCGGGUUUCGAUGUUCUCGGCCCGGAAACCUCGCUUUGCAGGUCUUCGUCGGAGCAAUAGUGCGGUGGUUCUGGGAACACCACGCGGCUCCGCAGAGAAGGAUAGACUCUUCGGGAGGUCACGAGACCCUCGCAACUGGGAGUCUUUCUUCGACACCGAUGCCCGAAGUGCCUUGUCCACACCAUCUAGCGCACAAAGCGCGCCCAACUCCGGCUCCCCUGGCAUUUUCCGUCCCGGAGCUCCACGUUCUUUAACUCGAAGCCUAUCGGCUAGACACAAAAACAUCCUGACAUCUACUCCCACCUCUUCCGAGCACCUCAACACACCCGUUCCCCAAGCCGCGAGAGAGAAACGACGAAAGAUAUCACGGACCGUUUCCUCUUUGGGUCGCUUGGAGUCCGGCCAUAGCCGUCUGAACCGGACAGCACCUGCUCCUAUCCGACCGGCCAAGCUACUCCCGAAGAUUGCUAAGGACGCCGGCGACGGAGAUCUGCACGGUGGUGAUUCUGACAAAGAGAAUUGGAUUCCCGGCACUCAAGCAUCUCAUGUUCGUCGUCGGGCGGCUUCCCAGCAUCAGUCCCAACGCCCUGUUCUGGGAGAGUCCAAGGGGAGAGACGGGAAGGCCAAUAAAGACUUAAUGACCACCGGCAGACGCUCUCGGCUUUCUCAGGCGUCACAGCGCAAAGUCAGCGGAGGCAACGGUAAAGCCGCACCGGAAGUGGAUGCCGACGUCUCUGCAUUCAUGGCUGGCGGGGGUAGUGCAAGUCAGGAAGAGGACCUUGACUGCAUCCAAGGCUUGCUGUCACUCAGCCAGGGUGCAUGGAGGUAGACGGGAAACCUCUGCUCUUCUGACACGAAUUUUUUUCUUUUGUUCAUUUUCCUAUGUUCCAUAUCCAUUCUUUUUGUAAUCAUGUUGGAAGGCGCAAUCCAGCAAGCGGUGAUUGCCUGUAUGACGCUGAGCGAUGCUCAUUCUAUGAUGAUUGACCUGUCUUUUUUGCCUAGUGCAUUCCUGGCUCCUGAGAGCUAUAACGACUGCCUGGCAUUGAUGAUGAAAUUUUGCCCUCGAGAAAGACACAGUACUAGUCCUGUGUAAAUUCUGCGGCUAAUACCACAAUUUUCAAACAAG